AUGUCUGCUGUCUCUGCUAACACCAUUCCUACUCUCAAAUCCCUCAUUCAGCAUGCUGACACCUUGCUGAAGAGUCUUCUCAAUGCCAAUGUGCAGCUGCUGCAAACUUCAGCAUAUUUUGAUGAGGCUGCCAAGGUCCAGUACUUGCUUCAAGCAUACUAUCCAUCCACUCUCAAGGAGCCUUUCCUUGCUGACUUCAUUUCUAUUGUUGAUGGCAAGGUAUCCCAGAAGAAUUUUCAUAACUAUUGGGAACCUUCUUUGGAGAUCAAGAUUAGUCGAUUGCCAGCUACUACUGGUGGUCAUUAUUCUGUAGCUCUAUUUACUCUGGUAUUGACACCAGUCCCAGCAAAUGAGACUGUGCCUGAUUCUCCUGGCACUAUCUCUACUCUGGUGUCCAUUCUUGAUGAUGAACUUAUCACUCCAGAGGUUGCUCAACCUAGAGCUCCUAGUCUUAAUGGACCAUCUAUGGUUUCUUUUGAUAAUUCACCACAUUCUUUCAUUGAGAAGUUUGCCAAGAAACAGGGCAUUCUGAAAGAUGCCAUGGAUAUUGGUGAAAAGAUUACUGAUCUCUAUCAUCAGCCUUUCAACAAGGCAGACCUCUGCUAUGGAGAAACCUUCUAUGCCUAUUGUUCAGGCACUCCUAGCCAUGCAGUGCAUACUCAUCCUGCUCACUCUGCUAAGGAUGACGAUCAUCUGAAUACUAUUGAUGAACUGAUCAAUCUUGACCCAUAUGGCACUAAAUCUCCCACAGAAAUUCCAGCCGAUCCUCAUACUGAGGAAGUUGUCAGUAACACGAAGAGUUAUGUUGGUGUCAACUUCAAACAAUUUUCUUUCUGCGGUUAUGAAUCCAUCACAUCUUUGGUGAAAACUAAAGCUGCAUUCUACCAUUGUCUCAAGUCCAAUACCUGUGAGCUAUACUUGCAACUCAAGCUUCGUCAUGUCCUGGUUCAGCAUUACUGUCUUGUUAUGGCCAAACUUGAUGCAGCGCAUAUUCAAGAGGAAGCCAAGGGAGAUACCUCAGUAGUGGGGGGAGAUAAUCUCCUGUUGGCAUUGGCAUGCUCCGGUCUAGCUCUGGAAACAAGCGAUCAUUUAGUAUACAACACGAGAGUGAUUCUGGGGCUUACUGCAUAA